ACCUCUGUGGAUGACGACACUUAAAAAGUCACAACUACAGAGACUGCGGUGAAGCUCAAGUGAUUAGUGAGAUACGUGAAAAGGAGGGGUAGCAAUGACACAGGAAUGUCAAUCAGGGAGCAUCGACGACAUGACGCAACAGAUUCAGAGAAGCAAGCUGGCUGGUUGCUAGCGCGCCUUAGUGUCUUUACGGCUCUAGGGAGAGGUUCGUUGGAGGUUUCUGCGGGGAGAAGAAGGGAGUCAGACAGGCGACAAGCGGUGCCGUGUUGGCCCCGGGGCAGAGGCUGGGAGUGCGAAGGGGAGCCAAUGAGAGGGAGACAUCGACUGCUUCUCUCCUGCCCGGCUUGGCUCAGCUCGGCGCGCCCUGUAAUUAGGAGCUCCACUUGUGGGCUGGUCGCCGCCACCGUGGAUAACUUGAGAACGCCAGCUCCACACACUUGUCUUUUACUGUUCCCGAAGCCUUGGUGGAGCGUCAACAUCCUCAACGAUGAACGGCCAGCUAUCACCUGCGUUCGAGGAGAAGAAACCGACCCUCCGCGCGUCCCCAAGCAUGCCGGAGUCUUCACCGGCGGACAUGGGCUUCUACGGCGGCCACGGCGCUCUCCAUGGCUCGCAGGAUUUUUACGCGGCGCAGCAGUCCUACUCGGCUCAACACAUGAACCCGUACUCGUACUCCCACUACAACUUGAACGGUAUGGUUCCCGGCGGUGCCUUCCCUUGCGGAAAAAGCGAGUACACGUACCCGCACUCGGCGUACAGAGAGCCUGGGGGCUUCAGCAGAGAUACGCAGUCAACAAUAGCAGACAGUGUGAAAGAAGAGCCAGAGAUGGAGGUUCGGAUGGUAAACGGGAAGCCCAAGAAAGUUCGGAAGCCGCGGACCAUUUACUCCAGCUACCAGCUGGCAGUCCUACAAAGGAGAUUUCAGUCGGCCCAGUACCUGGCGCUACCAGAGAGGGCCGAGCUGGCUGCACAGUUGGGCCUGACACAGACACAGGUCAAAAUAUGGUUCCAAAACCGUCGCUCCAAAUUCAAGAAACUCUACAAGAAUGGCGAGUUUCCACUGGGGGACAUCGCGCUGGAGCACAGCCCGGAGGCGAGUGAUUCAAUGGCUUGUAACUCUCCCCCAUCUCCGGCUGCAUGGGAAAACAACAACAGCGGCGCCAACCCCAGCACCAACAACACAAGCAGCAGCGAUACAAACAGUAGCAACGGCCUGAAGAAUAAUGCAAUGCUGGACCCUACCAGCGGGGGGCAGGAAGCCUAUCAGUCUCCAGCUGAUUCCUCCUCAGUCUACAUCGAUGAGUACACGCACCACAAUUGGUACCAGCAGCAGGACGCGCAUUUAGGUCUGCAGGCAGCCAGCACGACCCACCACCCGUCGUCGUCGGCAACGCCAGCUCCGAUCGGAGCCGUUUACUGAGUCAAUGAAUGGACCCAUUCGACUUAAACAGGAGGGACGUUUUUCGAUCAUCCAGGAAUACAUACCUGAAGGUAUGCCUCGAAAGCGAAAUGAUAAUGUACUUUUUUUGACAUUUUAGAUAUGACCAUCGUGCCCAAAUGCAUAGAUACAGUAGGAUAAUAACAUAAAGCCUUUUAUAUCAAAAGACCGAUUACUACUGAUAUUCCUCCAGAUCAAGUUGGGUUUUUUUUUCAAAGUGUGGGACAGUGAGCCUCCCCUCAAAAAAUACAAAAAAAGAAAAAAACUACUGGACCCUCCUCUUGUCCACAUCCCAACUAAAUUUGAUUUUAACAAUAAUUUAAACAGUCAUUGCAUAACCUGAGUGGAAUUAAAGAAUAUUUCAACAUAUGAUUUGCUACAGUUCACAGAGCAGAAUGGUGCUUGGAAAUCAUGCAGGGUCUCCCAAAAGUCACUAUACUUGAGAAUUACUUGGACAGUAUUUGAUAAUUUAGGAUUUACGCUUUUUGUAAGCAGAUCAGACCCUCGCUAAGUAAUAUUGGAGCAGUGUUGCAAAAUUGCCACUUGGCAAGAUGUUUUUCUCUCCCCAACUGUAGUUCUGCUCCAUUUUGAGAAGCCGAUGGUGAUGACACUUUACCCGUGCUGAGUUCAAAUUCGCUAAAUCAAGUUUUUGUUGACGCCGAGUACCAAUUCAGCCCUCUGAAUAGACUUUGCACGAACGUCCGCGCUCAGAGUUUGAGGUUUUCAACAAUGGCCCUUGGUAGUAGACUUUCCUCUGCGCAGUCUAUCAAGAACAGAUCCUCUUCAUCUUAACUUAGUAAGGAUAGCAUAAAUUCAGUUUUCCGUCAGAGCACCUUGUCAAACUGGCACUAAGCUGCAGCGGGGACAGAAAAAAACACUUUCCAGGUGGCAAUUUUGCAAUGCAGCUACAAUGUUAGUUGGCGAGCCAUGGGUAAAGAAGUAAAAUGCUUAUAAAAACUGCAAAGCCCAAGUUACCAAAUACUGAUGGCCUCAGUGAUGCCUGAAAUAAAAUGUUGAUGGGAAUGAAAAUAGCGACUUCUGGGGCACUUUGAAGGUUGUGCAACCAAUAGAAAAAAAAAACAAGUGUACAGUUUAAUCAUAAAGAUCCUAUUUUCUUGAGUUUUCGGCUCUCCCCAGGAUGGCAAUGCCGCUUUAGUUAUCUUAGUUUAAAUGUUUUUUUCCUUGAUUGUUCUCAAACCCCUGAAAUUCACUGGGACCCAUCAGUAAACUUUGGGUUCACUCUUGUGUGGGGGUUGGAACUAUGAUUUUCUCUUUUGGGGUCCUCAGCCCACUGUUAGAAUAUAAACCACACAGAACAUUGUUCUGUAGUUGUCCCAUGGUGAGUUACUACCAACAAAGAAGAAGCGGGCUGCUACGUGAUUAUGGCGAACUUCUGCACAUUCACAGUUGGCCACAAUUAAUCCUCUCCUCCAAAAUAUCCGCUAUUAAUAUUUGUUCCGGUCAAAGCCAUGUCUAGUAUAAAAAUGUGUUUUUGGUGCCAUCUUGCGACCAAGGAAUUGAACAAGGAACACAAUUCAAGUGAAGGGAUGACUUUCGCUGUCAUCAAUACUGUAGUGAUUACCAACCAUUAUUAAGCCAGGGCACAUCUUUUCCUUUACAAAAUCUUCACGGCACACCAUCAGACAAAAAAGUAUAGAAUGAAAUGAAUAUAAUCUUGCCUCAUUCUGCGCACAAACUCUCAAUUUAGUGUCAAAUCCGGGCUGGAUUAGUUGAACACAGCUAUUAUACAUGCAAUGGUACCUUCUGCCAUCUAGUGGACGAGCAACUCAUUUCUGCAGUGAGAGAGAGCUCUUCUGGUGUACUGGGGGAAAUUUUCAAAUUCCACUUUAACUAAUUGAAAAAUUAUUUAUUCGCAAGAAAUAAUGUAUCUUUGUUCAUCUAUCUAUGGCAGCGGCAUAUAAAGACGAACAGAACAAAUAAAUGCUUUUUGUGACAUUUUUGUUUGUUGAUAUUCUGUGAGAUUUUUCAAAUGUAAGCUACGUUUCUUGGCUCAAGAAAGGUUGGGAGUCACUGCAAUGGCUGAACAAGUACGCAUUAUUUGCAGUAAAUGGUAAUCUUCAGACCGAUCAAGUGGGUUGUUUUAGAUAUCUCAUGGCACACUAAGGUGCUGAGACAGAGUUACAGUAUUGCAUUCAUGAAUAUGUAGUCUCUGUGGUCCAUGUGUUUUCAGAAAAUAAUUUUCCCGUUUGCACGUAAAAAAUGUGCAACACAUUUUACUGGUUUAGAAGAUAAUGUGCAAUGAUAUAUAUAUAUAUCAAUACCCCUGUGAUUCACUCCAAGAACGCUGAUGUGGAAAUAAAACAUAAAGGAGCCCUAAAAGAUACAAAAAGGAACGAAAUGUUAGUGCGUCAUAAUUAGUACCUGUUUUUUAACUGUUGUUUGCGGAUGAAGGUUGAGUCAUUUGAAAGUCGUCAUACAAGCACAGCAUGCCGCCGCGAUGCUCAUGACACUCGUCAGGUGAAGACUAAUUAGUGUGAGAAAGUAUGAAUAGGGCAGGCGGUGGCUGCGCUUGACAGGCAUGUCGUCCAUCAGCCUCAUGUUGCUUGAUUUGUGUUUGUCUUUGAAGUUCUAUGUGUAUCUUGGGAGUGACGGUGCUGGUCAGAAAUGUUAGUUCGUCAGCUUUGGAAAGUUUUAUACAUUUUGACUUAUCGUUUUACUGUUAAAUGAAAACACAACCGAUGAACUGUUCAAGUUACAAAACAAAACAGAAAGCAAGUGACAACAUUUUUUUGACCCAUGCGAGUAGCCAGGAGGAGCAAAUCAAUAAUACCUCAGCAAGUUUUUCCCAAAUGUGUUGUGGAUGUCCUCAUAACUGUGCGGCUAUUCGUGGGGCUUGACUUACUUGAAUUUCAUUUUUAAAGGUAAAAAUGAAAAAUUCUGGGGUGCUCCAAAACAUCAGUUUUGCUAGCGGUCAGAAGAUUUGCAACACAAAGAUUUCUUCCAGUGGAGGAAUUGACUACUUGAUUUUUAACUUACCAAAAAAUAAUAAUAAUAAGAAUAAUAAUGUGGCAGGGUUUGUUUUUUUCUCUAGUUGUUGGUUUUUGUUUCUCUUGAAUUCAAAGUCAUGCAGUCCAACUGCAAUAAACACAGGCAUUUCUGUCGAAUAUUUGAUUUCCAUUUUAGAGAUAAUGCCACAUUUGUGUUCAGCAGUUUUAUCUCCCCAAUGUGGCUACUUAAAUGAGUCAAAGGUUUAGAAUAUUUGUUUUUAUUAGUAGAUUGAGUCCAUGAUUUCUUUUGAAAUUUCAAUCGUUCAUGUUCUGUGCUUUCAUUUCGGAGUAAAAUGACAAAUUGAAGUGCAUAUAAAUUCAAUUUUUAAAAAAUAGGCUGCAAAAAUGGGGGUGCUGUAAAGCUUUUUACCGAUCGUCUACGUUUGAAACAAAGCCAGGAGUAGGAUACUGUUAUCGUCAUUAUCAAAAAAAAAAAAGGAAGCCAUGACGUUUACCAACCCUUAGAAAGUAUUUCAGCCCUCUGUGUAACAAUUAAGACUGGUAGGUGGUGUCAUUCAUUCCACAGUACAAUUAUUUUGUCAUUUAGGUAUGAGGAUAUGUCAGGUUUGUAAUUAACUUAGUGGAGCAACAUGUGCCGCCAACCUCUCUAUGUUAGUCUAUUUGUUUUUGCUCAGUACUCUUAUUAUAGUCAUAGGUCAGACCAACUGUCAGAUUUGCUUGCACAAGUGCGAUUGGCAAACAAAAUGUUGCUCUCUUGAUGCCACCUGACCAAGAGCCUUCUUAUUAAGCGUUAAUGACACACGGACAGAAGACAAAUCAUUAAAUUGAAAAAAAAAAAGUGUUGUCUCUUUAUGGUCAGUGGUUUACCAUUGUUUGUCCAGUUGCCAUGACAACAUAAAAAUAUUUUUAGUUGCUUUGUCAUAAGUGUUAAAGACUUUAAAACGCCACCAUCGCACAGUGUGCUUUAUUUGUUCUUAAUGAGAGCUCCCGGACUACCAAAUGCUUACUCGAACGUGACCUACUUAUAAACUACAAUAAAUUUGGACUAUGUAAGGUAAUCUUGGGAUAUAAUAAGAGAUUGCAAAAUCCUCUUGCCAAACUUCAAAUGCAACGGGAACAACAAACCCAAGUGGAAAGAAGAAAACACGGCGGGGGUUCUCGGAGGUGACGGUGCAGCAGACACUCUGGAGUCUUUGGAAUCUAAUAACACAGCAGCGAAACAGAGAAGCGCAUAUUUCCUUUCAUGUGGUACACAGUUGGGAAGGGGAGGAGACCAAACCCAGAAGUUAACCUUUAGGACGACACCAUCAAAAAGAAGCCAUCAUGAAAUCACAUUGCCAUAGUAGAGGUCCACGAAGACCUGCCAAUCCUGGGCUGUUGGCAGAAUCCCUCCUCGCUGCUUCUGUCUUGGCAUCGACUCCACUCGCACCUUAAGAAAAGCUAUUGGGCAGCCGGUGUUGCACACUUGGCCGCAGCUGCUGAUUCACAUGUUGAUGGCCAUGUGCAUUUGCCAACCACAGAGUUCAGGCUGUACCCCGCCUCCUACCCGAUGACAGCUGAGAUUGGCUCGUGCACUCCCGCGACCCUUGUGAGGAUAAGUGGCUUAGACAAUGGAUGGAUGGAUGAAAUUUACACAUAUUUUAUAGCUGUAUGAACUUGACAAAAUUCUUAUUAAUCUUUUCCACACUGCUCUUCCAUACUUUUUAUAAACACUUUCUAUCCUUAAACAUACGGGAAUGCACAGUAGUACUGUACACUACAUUUUAUCCCUUGUACCUCAUGUUUUAAAGAUUUUUUUUUUUUAUUUGAGACAAGGAAGCGUUUGUUUUACCAUCCAAAAAAUUACAGGAUCCAUUCGAAACCCUGUGAUAUUUGGAAAUAUGUGUUAUACAGAUCUGCAUUUGCACCAAAUCCGCAACAUUAUAGCAAGGGAACACUUGGUGCUGAGUGGAUUUGGGUUGUGGGUCUUGGGACCAAUGUGUCGCUCAUUCAUAUCAACACCCCAGUGUUCUACACUGUAAGUUGAACAACAAACUCUAAUUAUUAACUCCAAAACUAGAGCUUCAAUUUGCCGUGCUUACGUGCUGUAUGUAAUACUACGAUGAGGCAAUGAAAACAUCUACAGUAUGUGGUUUCACAGUCAUAGUGAGUGGCCUUCUCAAGGAAACGACACCAACAAUCUGGCUUGACACCCCUGUAUGAUUGUGAAAAAGACUUUAUAAACCAAAACAAAAAGGCAAGACUUUUCCCCCGGCCAAAAUACUGGAUCGAUAAAACAUACCUCAACGUUCCAGAAUUUGCAAUUACAUUUUGCACCUUUCUAAUUUGUUACAUUGGCGCAAGGCAAUUUGGUUUCCCACAAGCACAUUUUGAUAUCGUGAUACGUUUUGUGGAUUACUUGCUGAUUCUUGGCGAGCGGCGUACAAAAGCAAUUUUUUUUUCUUCUUGCGUUGCAUGCAAAUGUGCUUUCACAUUUUGGAAAGAACAGCUGGGAAAGAACAGCUGUGGCCUCACAAGAAGCUGUGAGGCAUUCAAGUGAAGCCAUCGUGCGUUAACGGCAAUGGAAGCACAACUUUGUCACUUAUGUUAAUGUAAAGUUGAGUUGUUACACACUCUUUGGGUAGAGUAUACAUCUGAUAAGUUGCAGACUUGAUGUUAACAGUUAUGUUCACAUUUGAGCUUGCAGACCAUUUGUAGUUUGUAUGUUGUGUUAGUGUUUGCAGGAGGAAAUCAACAAUGUCCACUCUUUUUUUUAAAUUUCUUCAUUUGAAAACUUGGCAUUGGGCUGAUCUUUUGCAAGAAAUUGCAGUAAUAACAAAGAUAGACAAUGUUAACUUUUUAUUUAUCAUUUCAUUUUGCAAAUUAAAACUCAUGAAUGGCAUUCAUUUCUAACGCAUCCAGUGUGUUGAUUUGUUUUGAAAUUUAAAUGUUAUACGUACACACUAAAAAAGUAAUCUUUGCUUGAAGUAUUUAAGUAAAAAAAAAUAGUAG